GACGAUAUUCGACAUUGCGAAAUAGCUGGGACAACGUUUAACCAACAGUUUCAAGUUCGGUUCGAUGUGAUCGAGCCUAGUAUGGUGAUAUCCAAACUAGACUUUGAUGUGGAUUUUCAGAUGCAGCUUGAUAUAGACGAUGUUCUGAAUAGAGUUAAAAAAGAAUGCAAUAUCAUGGGUUUCUUCCGUUUACUUGUGCAUUAUGCAGCGAUCAACCAUCAAAGACAGAUUACUUUAAAGAAACUGAAAGCCUAUUUUCAAGAUACCCCUAUUGAUGUAAACGACCUAUCUGCAGCGCAAUUAGAAAUCAGUCAUGUACUUGACGAUAAGAUAAAGUUGUUAUUCACUUGGCAGAUUAUACCCUGUAACUUGCAGUUUGAAUAUCUGGAUGCGAACGUUGAAAAUCAUGUCGUCCCUGACUUAUCAGUUGAAGUGGAGACGACAGACGAAGUGAAAAAGAAAGACGAGAGUCGCUUACUUGAACGGGUCAACGAUAUCUUUGUGCUUAUGAUUGAGCAACACGGUGUCUUCAACGCUACCGUUUUUGUCACGAAAAAGUUGUAUGAUAUGCAGUAAUAAACAUUUUUUGAAUUCAAGCAAUGAUUAUUA